AUGCCUCCACAGGCAUUCAGUACCACAACUCCAACAAGUUCUUCAGACCGCGAAAGACAGUCGACUACAGACUCAAAACACCGCCAGAUCAGAGAUGGUUCAACUAGCAAACAGGGUCGAAGUUCAAACCGCAUCCUUGGUGACUACACCUUGACCAAGACACUUGGAGCUGGCAGCAUGGGGAAGGUCAAGUUGGCUAUUCACAAUGUCACAGAAGAGAAGCUCGCCGUCAAAAUCCUCCCCCGAGUGUAUCCUCAGGCUGUCCCGCCAAAUGGUUCAAAUGCGACUCCAGAAGCAGUCGCAAAGCAGGCUUCAAAAGAUGCUUCGAAAGAAAUACGCACUAUCCGUGAGGCUGCCCUCUCCAUGCUUCUCCAUCACCCGUACAUCUGCGGCAUGCGUGAGAUGAUCGUCCAUCAACACCAUUACUACAUGGUCUUCGAAUAUGUAAACGGUGGUCAGAUGCUCGAUUACAUUAUCAGUCAUGGUCGCUUGCGGGAACGUGUCGCUCGCAAGUUCGCUCGUCAGAUAGGAAGUGCGCUAGAUUACUGCCAUCGGAACAAUGUGGUCCACCGAGAUCUCAAAAUCGAGAACAUCCUUAUUUCUGAGACAGGAAACAUCAAGAUCAUCGACUUUGGCCUGUCCAAUCUCUACGACCCUUCCACCACUCUGUCGACCUUUUGUGGUUCCCUAUACUUUGCAGCUCCCGAGCUCCUUAACGCGAAGGUCUACAUAGGACCAGAGGUUGAUGUGUGGAGUUUUGGAGUUGUCUUGUAUGUGCUCGUCUGCGGCAAAGUACCUUUCGACGAUCAGAGCAUGCCCGCACUGCAUGCUAAAAUUAAGCGCGGAUUGGUUGAGUAUCCUGUGUGGCUAAGCGCAGAAUGCAAGCACUUGCUCUCCCGAAUGCUUGUCACUAACCCCGCUGUGCGUGCCUCGCUUACCGAGGUACUUGAGCAUCCAUGGAUGACUCGCGGCUUUAGUGGCCCCCCUGACACACAUAUGGUACACCGGGACCCGCUCCGACCUGAUGACCUUGAUAAGCAAGUCAUGAGAGGCAUGAGAGGCUUCGAAUUUGGGACCGAGGAGGAGAUCGAACGAAACCUCAGAAAAGUGCUCGAAUCUGAUGCUUAUACCCGCGCGGUCCAAGCAUGGGACCGCAAGCGCGGUGGUCGCAAUGGCGCUAAUCACCGUUUCGAGUUCUCUAACUCUUCCCUCGCUAUAUCCUUCGAUGGAUCGGCCACGAAUACACACAAGAAUGAGUCUACGAUGAGCCCUUCGAAAAAGUCGAAGCGUUUCUCCGGAUUCGACUUUUAUCGCCGGAAGCUGUUCUCUCCUUCCUCAUCGCCACCCACCACCCCUUCUCACUCGCCCCCCACCUCCCAGUCGCUUUUGUCCAUCGGCGAUGGCGCACGUGACCCCCUCGACCCAACGCAGGGAUUCCAUCCACUAGUCACGAUGUAUUACUUAUCCCGCGAGAAAUUGGAGCGCGAACGCGUCUAUGGCCCCGGGCGCUUUGCUAGCUCUCAGCUUUCCCUUCAAUCGGCUACCGCGGCUAAUACAUCUGCCGCCGAUGCUUCUGCACCACCUCCCUACCCGGCUAAGACCUUCACUCAACCUGCUCCUGUCAAGAAGGAGCCACAGCCGCUCACCACCUCUGCAUCUGCUAAAGCAGACUACAGCAUGCCACUCCCGCGCCUUCCUGCGCCUGAGACGUCCCACUACUCCGACAUGUCAUAUGAUGCAGCAUCCGCAGCGGCCUCACCGACUUCUGCUGCAUUCCAUGGACAAGUGAGAGCGCGUGACUCAGGGCUGCCUCCACCUGCUACGAAGCGCAUCGAUAUUCCCCAGCCGUCCACACCAACACCAGGGCCGGCGACAUCACUUCCGCGUGCUCCACCUGCAUCCACUCAUCGCCGCAGCCACAGCAUGAGCCAGCGACCAACUGCACUCCGUGGAUGGGGUGGAGUGUUUGUUAGUGGUGAAAAUCGUGUAGAGGAGCACGGCGAGGAGCAGGUCUCCCAUUCGGCUGGUCUGGAGGGUGAGUUUGCGGAGCAGGAUAAGGUUCUGUCCGAGGAGGACCGUGCACACACACACGAAGGUCCGUUGUCCGCUGGCGCGACGCUUGUGCGCAGGUUCGGCACGCUUCUGGUUGGGAAGGGCGAUGAUCAUAAACGGAGUGUUGGUAAGCGGACGACGAUGUUGGGCGGUGUGCCAUUGCGAUCCUCGGGAGAUGAUGGCGAGAAGGCUUCGGAAGCGUCUUGGAAGCGGGGCGCAGAUGCUGAUGUGCGCAGAUCCUCCAUCGUUGCGCCUCAGCCUAUUACUGCUAGCCAGAGCCAGCCUCUUGGGAAUGUGCACAGGCGGGCUGCCACGAUCCUUGAUCCCCAAGGUCGUCAAAUACGGCACGAGCGCCGGAGUAGCACUGGUGGAGCUUUGUUGCCUAGUAUUGGUGGCACCAUUGGACGACACCGUCGGCCAUCGACCGGUUAUGGGGCGAGCAGUGGACGUCCAACUGGCUUGAGUGGCUUUGGAACUGAAAAGGUGGAGGAGAAUGUUGAGCAGGAAGCAGCUGAUCAGGACGAGGGCUUCAGGGAUGAGCAGAGUGGACACCACAGUGAUAAGGAAUUCAAGCCUGUGCAUCUUAAGGGGCUGUUCAGUGUUGCAACCACUUCUACAAAACCUCCAUCAGUGCUCAAGGCUGAUAUCAAGAAGGUUCUGGACCGAAUGCAGGUUCAAUAUCGGGAGACUCGGGGUGGCUUUGAGUGCAUUCAUGUACCCUCCAUUGACAUUUCGUCUGUCCCCGAACCAACUCAGGUCCAAGGGCGUUCUAGUCAUCACCGCAGGACUGGUUCUAAUGGCUCCAACGAGACUGGAAUUACGCCUCGAUCGCUUGUCAAGAAAGCGUCGAAGAUGUCUUUCGGUAUGAAGUCUAAGGAGCGGGAAAGAGAGAGCAUGAAGGAAAAAGAGCACGAGGCUCCCUUGGAGAAAGAGCUUCCUCACAGACCAUCGAUUGGGACUGCAUUAAGCGCCACCCCCAGCAGCGGAUCAUCUUCAUUCUUCAAUGUCUCCUCGAACACCCACACCAUUGUGGCAGACAGUUCCCGGCAACAAGAAGCCAACACACCUGCGCCGGGGACACCUCAUGAGGAACGUCGUGAUCCAUUCGGCUCGCAAACGCCGGUCAAAGGCAAGGUCCUACCACCUAUACCCCGCGACUUUACUGCUACGCCACAGCCGCACGCUCCGCGGCCAGCACCGGCACCCUUCCCUACCGGUGAAGUCGAUCGUGAAAUCUUCGAAUCUAUCGGUGCUAGUUCACUGUCAGUUCGUUUCGAAAUUAACAUUAUUAAGGUUCCUUGGUUGCCACUCCACGGCAUACAGUUCCGAAGGGCUGGUGGCGAUGGCUGGCAAUACCAGAUGCUCGCGCGGAGAGUUCUUACUGAGCUUAAGCUAUGA